AUGAAGAUCCCAGCGAGCUUCUUCGACGCCAACGGCAAGCCCGCCAAAGGCGAGAUGAUACUGGUGAAAGACGACGAGGACCAGACGACCCUGCCAGAGUUCGGCCAGACCCGCAAUGGCAUCGUCACCAGUUGCUACGUGCUCACCUCACCCGGCGACGUGCUGCGGCUGAGGUUCGCUCUCAAUGCCCACAUUGCAGACCAGGCCGACCUGGUGGUAGACGGAAUCCUGCGCAGCUCGAUCCAGAACAAGUCGGCCAAGGGCUUCAAGGGGGUCUUCAAGAAGGCCCUGUACAAGGAGCAAAAGCCCAAUGGCAAACGAGCUGGGUUGAAGAGCUGUAGCAUGAAAGUCAAAGAGCGAGGCACGUCCAAGGAUACCCAAUUGAGCGGUGUGGGAGGUCCGUCGGAUGUCGGUAGCAUAUCAAUCCGGCUAUUUCGAAAGGACCAUUCCAGCAACGAAGAGUCCAGCGGCUCGAGUGACGAUAAUGGCACCUCUGCAGCAACAACUCCCGCCCCCGAUACAAACAAACCUGCUGUCAAGCGAGCGCCCACAUUUGAAGAAUACGCAGAGUGGUCCGACUGCAAGUCCAGUCUUGCCUCUGGGAAGACCCCUCUUCCACCUUUCGUAAUCGAUUUCGUCGAUGGCACGCAGGCUAAAGAUAGAACUAAAGAGCAAGUUCUCAAAGAAAUGACUGGCUAUGAUCUCUGGGCUAUCUUCGUCUUCCACCUGCGCUCGGCCGCAGACAUCGGAAAUCCUGGCCACGAAUGCGAGGCCGGCUAUAUAGCUCAAGCUGCUGCAAGUUCGUCAGUUCAUUCGAGAACAACAAUGGAAUCCGCAGCUGUUGGUGUAAAGCCAACAAGCUCCACUGCUCCAGCAGCCACUGAAGACAAUCUACCAAAUGGCUUAGUCGAGGAGGAGAUAAAAAAUGAGCAAGAGAGUACAAAGGCCGAGAGAAAAGGGCUUUCUAACAAAUACAGCUCUCCCGACGCCCAAAAGGCGACUCUCUCCGGUGUCAUGAGUGUGCUGCCUGGGCCGAGCAAGAAACACUCGCUGGAAUCUGCAAAGGAGGCCUUCCUUGAGCCAAUGAUUUCAAAAUCGACAGUCGAUGGAUUGUUCAGCAAAGAUCGUUCCAUUGGACCUAGGACUUCCAUGCUGGUCGUCGGGAAGGAGACAGGUAAGAAAUUCGACGUCUCCAGAGGUGGCAGCUUUGCCAGAGAGGGUACUGUCUCGCGCUUCUCCAAGGCUGGCUCUACUCCGACCACGGCUGCCUCGGCUUCGAACGAUGCUGAGAUUCCGGUGGAUGACGUUCUUCCCAAGGGAGAACCACUCAACAGCUUCGGAAAGCCUGGGUCUCGCCAGAGGAAUACGCUGGUUGGGAUUCCAGGUGUCAAAGGUGCACCCGCUCAUCAAGCAUUCCUUGAGAGAGCCCCAACGGAGGAGGAGGAGGAGUCUCGUUCACAACUAACUGUGGCAAAGUCCCCAAAGUUUGGUACCCAGGACUAUGUCAAUGGGAUUUCUGAGCUAUUUUCCCAGCAAGCCGCUUCCGAUGUGCGAUUGUUAGAGGAUGUCCGCCAAACCUCUCUACCUCCAGAGCCCGUUCCUUCGAUGGAGGGCGGAAGAUACCGACCCUCUGGUAACCACAACGAGUUUUCCAAUUACGUCUGGAAGCUCUUAACCCCCCCUAAUAUCUCUUUGAAGAAUAAGUUUAGUCAGUCUCAACGUGGCUCCGUUGAUCUGAGAGGUAUAUGGAGACGCUCGAAGCCUAUCUCGCGUGAUCUGGCAUCGAACUCAAUUAGCUCGCCCAAGGUAUCAAAAGCACCGGCCAAAUUCCAAAGUGGUAUCAUCGUCGAUGGGACCCGAGGAGCUCAGAAGUCACAGGCUUCGUCCCCGACUGCUAGCACACAAAGCCAAGAAUUUGGUGUUAGUGACCCAAGAGCUCCUUUGCCAUCCACUCAGCCACAAGCGACGAACGCUCCUCGUCAGAGCCCAAACCCUUCCCCGCCAGAACCACUCGGUAAAUCCCUAUUAGAGGAGCCAUCUGACACAGAGACCGAAGUAGCACACCCCGAGGAUAUUGAACGCGCCAUCAGAAGUAGCCGGAGGACCGAUAUUGCUACAGCCUUCGUCGCAUCCCCGCAGAGCUUUAAUCCAGACCCUUCUCAAGAUGCGAUAUUCAAGUCUGAACCAGCUGAGCCUGAGCGAGCCAUCCCCAGCCACCCGAGCCCGAUUCUAGAAAAACCCCUUCUUUUCGGCCCCAAUCCCCCACGUCCUCUUCCUCGAAGCCCAGUGCCACGAAUGGUAUCGACAAGCCGGAUGGCAAGCGGGAUUCCUACUGGAGAUCCAGCUGAGGAGGUUCUUCAACUCUCAAAAGGCAAACCGAGUCAUGCGUCGAGCUCUCACAGAGGCCGUCAUGACGAGGUUCGCCCAGUCUCCCGAGCUACACCUCAAUCUUCGCCGCUCGCCGCUCCCCAGCCCUCCACGGAACCAGUUUCUCCACCGGUAGGUCAAGCCGUCGGAGCAGCCACAGGAACGGGUCGGUGUUCUCCCCAUGUUCAAGGUGUCAACCAAACCAUCACCAAGACCACGGUCCCGGAGAAGCGCAAGGCGGAAGUCAUGACCGGAAACAACGCACUCGAUUCGAGCUUGCCCAACAAGCGAUCGAUGGCGCUAGCUCAGGCGAGGAGUGGAGGUCUUGAAGCAGACAGACAGGCGGCCGAGGCUCGCAUGUCUGCAGCGGAGAAGGAAAAUAGAAGGCUUCGAAAGGAGCUGGGCGAGGCACGACUGCUUGAGGCGAGACUUAACGAGAUCCGACAGAUGAAUAACAGAGCAGCUGCGGUAGAGAAGGAGAAUGCUGAAAUGCGGGCAAGGUCGAUAUUCCUGAUCUCCGGAUAUCACAGCUAA